AUGGCAAUUAAGAGAAGAUUUGAUGCCAAUCUUAGACGACAAAAUAAAUUAGCGCUAAUUAUCGGCAAUAGUGAUUAUGUAUGUAUUAACAAGUUAACAAAUCCUACAAAUGAUGCCAAACAAUUGUCAUCACUCUUGAAACGUAUUGGAUUUGGUAAUGCUAAAGCGCAACUAAAUCAAACAUGCGUUGACAUGCAACAUAGAUCUAUCGAUUUUCAACAUUUAAUUCAGCCUAAUGAUAUUGUACUAUUUUAUUUUGCUGGACAUGGAGUACAGUGGGAAGACCAAAAUUAUUUGAUGCCAAUAGACAUUCCUAACAUAAAUAAAUUAGAUGAUGACAAGAAGGGAGAUUGUUUAAAAAUGAAUGCCAUCAAUGCGCAAGAUAUUCUUAAUCAAAUAACUGAUCGAAAACCAUAUGUUACAAUAUUUCUCUUAGACUGUUGUAGAGAAUAUGUAUUACAAAAUCGUAAUUUAAAGACGCGUAGUAUAAAUGAAAACAAUUCUAAAUCAGGUGGUCUAGCAGCAAUGCAUAAAGCAGGUUCGCUGAUUGCAUUUGCUUGUGCUCCUGGUACAGUAGUAGACGAUAGACCAAAUGAAGAAAAUAGUUUAUUUGUCAAACAUCUUCUCAAACAUCUGGCAACUCCAAACGAAGACAUUGUAAAUAUAGCACGUGAUGUAACUCAUGGAGUGAUGGAAGAUUCACAUGAAGAACAGAUUCCAUUUUUAUGCGUUCAAUUAAGACAUAAGAAUGUAUAUUUAUGUGAAGCUCAAAGUAAGAAAUAUUUUUUCGAAUAG